AUGAGGUCCCAAUUCCUUAUAAUCGUAAUGCUCGCUGUCGGCGUCUUGUGCGAGAAAGACUAUGAAUGCAAAUACGGUGUCAAUAAUGACCGAUUCAAGUGCAACGAGGUGGGACUUUACAAGAAGAUCCAGUGUCGAAUGAACUCGUGCUUCUGCGUCUCGCCACUUCAAGGGACCAUCGCAUUCGACACGCGGACCAAUAGCAACACGACGAUUCCAAAGUGCGGAAAGUGUUUGGACGACGUCGAAAAGAUGUUCGAGAAGGGAGUCCCCGAAAACAACACAUUCGUCCCCACCUGCGACAUCGUUCUCGGAGACUACGAACCCCUUCAGUGCGAUAUGACAAAGGAUCGCUGCUAUUGUGUUAAUCCGAAGACUGGUGUGGCCAUCAAGGGAACAGAGAAGAAGCUUCAAUUUGACUCAACAAUGAAGUGCAAUGGAAUCGAAUACUUCGUCAAAGAUGGAGGCUUGUCCAUCUUCCGUGCUUCAGCCGAAUCUCGUCGGAGUAGAUUUACGCGAUGCAAAGGGGAUGUCGAUAUGGGGACGACUUGCGGUGGAAACGCGUCCGCCAUUCAAUACUUUUUCGACGUUGACACUCAAAAGUGCUAUCCGUUCAAAUACAACGGAUGCGGUGGAAAUAAAAAUCGCUUCAAUACGAGGAGUGAUUGCACGAGGAGAUGCAUGCUUAUGGACCAUGCGCCGUGUGCACUUCAUUCAUCGCCAGCUCGACGUAACGAUGGCUUCCUAUUCAAGUGCGAAGACAAAGCCAAUGGUCCAAUGAGCCCAGAAAAUAAGCCGAAAAUUUCGAGGAAGCCAAUAAAUGAGCCAAAACUUCCGAAGAUGAAUGCUGAUGGAACAUGUCCAGCUGGUUACAUUUGCCAGGGCGGAAUUUUCAAUUCGAUGUGCUGCGAUGCCAAACUUGAUGAAUACGUCAACUCUCAAUACUCUCCAAAAUGCCCAAAAGGGCAAUCCUUGUACACCAGUGGUGACUUCAACAGUGCGGUGCUCGGCAAAUCGUGUUCACACCAAUUCUGUCCUUAUAAUUACAAAUGUUACACCAAUGAUUUGUUCGCAUAUUGUUGCAAAUAA